AUGACUCCAACACCUAAUAUAUUAUUUAUCACACAAUGGAUCAGAGUUAGGGAUUGCACAGAAGAUAUUGACAUGUUGUUGCAAACAAUUUCGGAAAGUUUUCCUAAUCUGAGUUUCCUGAGCCUACUUAACAAUAAAGCAUGUCCGGAUGGUAUGACAGGUGAUGAGGAGGAUGAGGACGAUUAUCAAAAUUAUAGGUAUUUGAUUAUUCUUAGACUACAGAAGCUCCGUUUCCUAGAUUCUAGGCCAAUUACAGCACAAGAAAGACAACAAGCUUCGAAAAUAGCCCCCUUUCUUACAAAGAAAAAGCCUAUCAUAACACAAAGUGAUGCUAGUCCAGAAGAUUUGGAUUAUACACCUUUGCCUCAAGCUGCUAAAGAAACUGAUCAUAGAGGAACCUUUGGAACUUCUCGCUAUGUUUAUUUCGGGCGACAUUCGGAAGGAAAUCGAUUUAUUAGGAAUGCGGACUUGUAA